AGCGGUUUCCACACUGUCGGGAUACUGAAGACGACGACUUGCUCUGUCCCUUCUUUCUCCUUGUGACGCCAAGCUGAGAUCAACAGAUAGGAUGCUGUGCCUCAGCACCUUGUCCACACUCCUCCUCCUGCUUCUCCUCUACCCCCCGCCACUGUCUGCCCAGGAGAUGCUUGUACGUCUGGCAGGCGUAGGCCGGCGCAAUGCAAGCGAGGGACGUGUGGAGGUGUUCUACAACGGCGUAUGGGGCACAGUGUGUGAUGACGAGGUGGAUCUUAACUUGGCCAAUGUGGUGUGCCGACAGAUGGGCUUCAAACGCGGCUUGACCUGGGCGCACAGUGCCAAGUUUGGUGAGGGGGAAGGUUUGAUCUGGUUGGACAAUGUGCGCUGCAUGGGCACAGAGCCCUCAAUCGCAGACUGUCGCUCCAAUGGUUGGGGAAUCAAUGACUGCACUCACGCUGAGGACCUGGGGGUCAUUUGCAGCCCAGAGAGGACACCAGGUUCACCCGCUGUCUCCGUGCAGGAGACUCCUUCAUCCUCCAGGCGCCAGCCAAGCCAGCAAAGACAGAGAAACCCACCACCACAGCAGCCACAGUCUGUGCCUCUCCCAGCCGAAACCCCCUCAUCUUCUGCAAGAGGCCAUGAGAUCGCCCUCCAUCGCAACCCAACAUCUCCCCGUCGCAGCAUCAUCUCGCCGCAACAGAACGGCCACGAGAUCCGGAUCUCGCAAAGGAAUCGAGGUGGUUCCAGACUAAGCUCGCAGAUGAGCCCAGCUCUGCCACAAGGGCACCAGCUACCAUCGCGUCUGGUCAACGGUGCUGCCUACAGGCAGGGCCAGGACGCAGCGAGGAACGGUCCACAAGGCAUGAGACGAGAGGGAGAGGGACAGGGGAGGCAUCAGCAGCUCAGCGGGAACCAUGUCGAACCAGGGCCUGUUCAUCCAGAGGUUGGACUGGAAACUGAUGUGCACUACACACAGGGAUCUGACAGGGUUCGCUUAGAGGAGGCUCGUCUACGGCCUGUGCUGUCCAGCAACCAUGGCGGCCUCGUGACGGAAGGAGUGCUGGAAGUGAAGCAUGCUGGGAGGUGGCGUCAUGUGUGUAACCGGGGCUGGGACCUGAGCAGCAGCCGUGUCGUCUGUGGCAUGUUAGGAUUCCCUGAUGCUGAAGUGUUUGACCAAAACGCCUACAGGAAACUGUGGGACUCUAAGAUAGCUGAUCCGUCUGCAAGGCUGAGGAUGCAGGUCAGUAAGAAGGCCUACUGGGUGGAGAAGGUGCAGUGUCAGGGCGUGGAGGUCUCUCUGGCCCAGUGCCAGGCCCAGCUGUCCCUCCCCAGGAAUGAUGUCCCGUGCCGCGGCGGCAUGCACACUGUGGUCCGCUGCGUCCCUGGAUCCCAGUUCACACGAUAUGGCAGAGCACCUGCACCGCCUGCCGUGCCGCCCAUCGUGCGUCUGAAGGCGGGGCCCCGGGUCGGGGAGGGCCGCGUUGAGGUGCUGAAGGAGGGGAAGUGGGGCACUGUGUGCGACCACCUCUGGGACGUCACUGCAGCCAGCGUGGUCUGCAGAGAGCUGGGCUUUGGGACGGCCAAAGAGGCUCUCACCAAGGCUCAGCUGGGACAGGGUAGCGGCCCCAUCCACAUGAACAGUGUGCAGUGUACCGGCAGAGAGAAGUCGAUUACAGAGUGUACCUACAAACCGGUGCCACUAUACACCUUCAAGCACACCCAGGAUGUAGCGGUCCGCUGCAACGUGCCCAACACUGGCGUGAAGGCCACGGUGCGUCUGGCAGGAGGCAGAGAGCCAUCAGAGGGCCGCGUGGAGGUGCUGAUUGAGGUCGGAGGGGGGAAGCGAUGGGGCUCCAUCUGCAGUGAGAACUGGGGCAUCAACGAGGCCAUGGUGGUCUGUCGACAGCUCGGCUUGGGCUUCGCUUCAACAGCUCAUCAGGAGACCUGGUACUGGCCUGGUUCUUCAGAUGCUGGUCAGGUGGUUCUGAGUGGAACUCACUGCGUCGGCACUGAGAUGUCCAUCCAGCGGUGUCGCAGAAACACCAACGUCUACUGUCCCAGAGGAGGAGACGGCAGGGCUGCAGGAGUCACGUGUGUAGAAACUGCUCCUGACCUCGUCCUGGAUGCUCAGCUCGUCCAGGAGACGGCGUACCUGGAGGACCGACCCCUCCACCUGCUGACCUGCGCUAAUGAGGAGAACUGCCUUUCCUCCUCUGCCGCGAGGAUGAACUGGCCCUACGGACACCGCCGCCUGCUGCGCUUCUCCUCCCGAAUCAUGAACAUGGGCUGUGCCGACUUCCGCCCCCGAGCCACCAGAGAAAGCUGGACAUGGCACCAGUGUCACAGGCACUACCACAGCAUCGAGGUGUUCACCCACUACGACCUGCUGACUCUCAACGGGACCAAGGUGGCCGAGGGCCACAAGGCCAGCUUCUGUCUGGAGGACACCUACUGCCCUGAAGGUGUCCAUAAACGGUACGCCUGCUAUAACAUGGGACAGCAGGGUAUCUCAGUCGGCUGCUGGGACACCUACCGCCACGAUAUUGACUGCCAGUGGAUCGACAUCACAGACAUACGACCCGGUGAAUACAUCUUCCAGGUGGAGGUCAACCCGUCCUUAGACAUGGCUGAGUCUGAUUUCCAGAACAACGUGAUGCGCUGUCGGUGCAAGUACGAUGGAGAACGAGUUUACAUGUUUGGAUGCCAUGCAGGUGAUGCUUACAGCGCCGAGGCGGAGGACCUGUUUGACCACCAACGUCAGAUCUCCAACAACUUCCUGUGAAUUAAGGAACACACAGAUUUAAGAACAGAACAACCGUACAACUCCUCGCCUCACCUCAACGUGUCGGGGGAAGGAGGUUGAAUGACAAUGACACGCCAGUAAAUAGACAGAUGAGGGUCAGAGGGAGGCGGGUGGGAAACCGGGAUGGUAUGGGAGAGACUUCAUCAUGCAAAAUUGACUAAUUAGGAUCCUGUGAGUGGUUGUCAUCAGCACUGACUGUUCCUGUUAGAAAGUCAAAGAGAUUAAAGGAGAAAUGUAGGAAGAGGAAAAGACCAAAAAGUAGAAAAAGACCAGUUGGCCAUCACAAGCAUCAUGUCACCGUGAUUAAACGUAGAGUAGUUAUUUAAAAAAUGCGUCUUGAAUUUUUAACAAAUUGAAUUCCCUUGAUCAAAACAUAACCACAGUUAAUAAAGUAAUGACAUGAACGCAUCCUUUACUUUUACAGUACACAAUCAGGCUAUCGUCCACAUGAUAUCAACCCAGGAAACAGACCCUGUACAUGCUUUACUGUGCUUUCACUGUUCACAUUACUAAAGCAGUUUUUACUGUUACAACUGUGUGCUUUUUUUUUUUUGAAUGAGAAUAUUUUUAUUUCAUGGUGCUAUUUUGCGUUAUUGGAAUAAAUAUUGUAAUGUAUUGCAAAUGUAUUGUCAUGUACAGUUUUAUAUUACUUCUCUGGAAUAUUGUUCUUUAGGUCUCUAAUUUAUGCAAACAUUUUAAUGUACUUUUGAGUUGAAACUUGUCCCUUUGUGGCUGUGUUUUGUAUUGUUGAUUUCAUAUAUGACAAAUAUUUUCGCUUGUUUCUUUUCCACCUGUAUAACAUCGGUAACAUGCGAUGUGGUCAUACCACGGCAUUACGCCUCUAACAGUACUUGGUAAUGGUAGUAAAAGAAUAAAUGUCAGAUUGACAAACUCUAUGGUUAUUUCAGGCAUGGUGAUUUGACUGCAGAGUUUUCUAAUGCAGAACUAAGAUAAUGGUUAAUGUCACAGUGUUUGCAGAAGAUUUGGGGAAUACGCUUACUCGCUAAAAUAGAUCCCCUUAUUUAAAUGAGUCUAUAGGAAAGAUAAAUGACAGAGUUAUAUAGUGCCUUAUGCACAUGUGAUAGUCUGAUCACAACAGCAUGUAGACUCAUUUGCUUCCUUCAGCAGAUCUACAGUAAAAAGCUGCGUUUCACAUCUUUUCCCAGGGAGCCUGAGCUCACCCGUAGUUUAUGGUUGUUUCCAACCUCAUUCCCACUGACGAACACAAACACUGUGGAAACUCACAGCUGCCCAUUGUCACAU